CUGACAUCGGGAUUUUCUCAUACAGUAAGCGGCUGGUACUGACAAUGUGGACAUCAGCAGGGAAUAUAUAGUAUCUAUCAUCCACAUCCGCAUCGUGUUAGGCUAUUCUAUUCAACUUCACUAUUAACAGAGAAGCGAGAGAAAGGAGAGACUCCUGCCUCCCCCCUCCCCACCCAUUCCAUCAUCUGUAGAGCAUCUUUCAUGCGUCUCCCUGGGCACGACUCCCACGUCAGGAUGAACUGUGAGCAGGAUUUUGGAGAUGGAGGAAUGAACGUCACGCUAACCCUCCGCCUGCUCAUGCAUGGCAAGGAGGUUGGAAGCAUCAUAGGCAAGAAAGGAGAGACCGUGAAGAGGAUACGAGAGGAGAGCAGCGCACGUAUCAAUAUCUCCGAAGGCUCAUGCCCGGAGCGAAUCAUCACCAUCACAGGGUCCACAGAGUGUGUGUUCAGAGCCUUCACCAUGAUCACAAUCAAACUAGAGGAGGACUUGUCUGCUCUCGUAGCGAACGGCACGGUCACCAGCAAGCCUCCGGUCACACUACGGCUGGUUAUCCCGGCCAGCCAGUGCGGUUCGCUCAUCGGCAAGGGCGGCUCCAAAAUCAAAGAGAUCAGAGAGAAAACAGGAGCUCAGGUACAGGUGGCUGGAGAUCUACUCCCAAACUCCACCGAGAGAGGGGUGACAAUAUCCGGCAGUCAGGAAGCCAUCAUCCAGUGCGUCAAACUCAUCUGCACUGUAAUACUGGAGUCUCCUCCGAAGGGUGCUACAAUUCCGUACCGCCCCAGUCCCGCUCCUGGUACCGUUCUCCUAGCUGGAAAUCAGGUUUUCGAAACGUCAGAGUUUGCUUCUCACCCGCUUUUCUCGAUGGCUCAGGGAGGGCUGGAUCUGCAACAAGCAUAUACUGUACAAAACCAAUAUGGCAUUCCACACUCAGAGCUGGCCAAGUUGCACCAGUUGUCCAUGCAGCAGGGACUUGCCCCCAUGUCUCAGCCCACAGCCACUCAAAUCCUGCCAGGCAUCGAUUCCAGCUCCCAGACAGCGUCACAAGAACUCCUCAUUCCAAAUGACCUGAUUGGUUCAAUAAUCGGCAGGCAGGGUACAAAAAUCAACGAGAUCCGCCAGGUAUCCGGGGCCCAGAUUAAGAUCGGCAGUCAGCUCGACAGCACCAGUGACCGACACGUCACCAUCACAGGCUCCCCAAUCAGCAUCAACCUGGCCCAGUAUCUGAUCACAUCCUGUUUAGAGACCGCCAAAUCCACUGCCCAGUCCUCCUCCAUGUCGACCCCUGUAGACCUCAACAUGAGCUUCACCCAGACUGCUCCCCCUGCAUCGUCCUCUGCCGCAGCCCUGGCAGCGAUGGGUGGCCUGCCCCACGCUCAAAUGUUGGGCUCCCCCUAUACCCUUCCCCUCUCCAGCCUCCUGGGAAUCAAAUCAUUCCCCUUCCUGGCGCUCUCGGCCCCCGGUGCUGGGGCCGCCCCUACUCACGGCACCCUGGCUUCCUACACCGCCAAGAUCUCCUCCGCCAACGGCAUCAAGAAACCGGAGCGACAGAAGUUUGCGCCCUACUGAGAAACUUCCGAAACCUUUGUUCUCGAGGCAAGAACAGGAGAGAAAUCCAUUGUGGAUGCUUCUUCUAGCCUGAUGUAGCCGUGUAGUUGAAACAGAAAGUACCAACUUGUUUCCUUUUUUUUGUAGCUUGUCCUAAAAAAAUAAUGGCAAAAUUUGUUUUAAUGUUGUUUUUGGCUGAGGUAGCCGCUAAAGCCAUAGACUAUUCCUAAUCUCCUAUUUUCCCGAAAUAUCUUUACAUGCGUUUAUUGUCUGCUCUUAUUUAUUGAUAACGAUGAAAUAUUCCCGCAAAGAUUUAUAACGUAGAACACUGUUGACUGAUGCUAAUCUCUUACGUAUCAGCUUUUAUACAAUGAUGUCUGUGAAUGCUUCUGUAUACAACUUCCUGAUUUUUUUAGGAAUCUUUAAACGAUGUAUUCAAUUGAAAAUACGGAGGAAAAAAAAGAAAACGUUUUUAAAAUGUCAACAGAUCUAAACCUCGCUUUUGUGUUAACUUUUUACGUUUCGUUCACAUUCGUUUUGAGAUGUUAUUUAUUUUAUUUAUUGUACGGAGUGUUUCUUUUACGAUCAAUGUUUGUUUUCUGUAACAGCUGCAGGUGAAAUAUGACAACAACAACGAAAAUCUUCCAUUCAGUCAUGAUACACACAUUCUAAUAGACGUGCAUAUGAACCACUUCUUUACGUAGUGAUCUUCUUUACGGUUUUUAUGGAAAGAGUACAGUGCCGCGGUGAAGUCUACCAUAAUUAAAAGUACAAAUACUAAACAUUACACGCUAGCUAAUUCUUUUUCAAACUCGGCUGAAAACAGCAGGGUAUGGAAGGUGAUGUCCUUGACAGGAGGUUUCCUUCACUGUUUCUGAUGGCGUAAAAUGACUACUAUGCAUGGUGACUUGUCAGAAACUAAUGCUGCAUGUUGACUCGGCCCCUCACACGUACGCACUAGCAAAGACAAAUAACAGUGUAGGUCUUUUAAAAUAGGCAGUGUUGCAGAAGAGCAAUAUUGGUUCAACACACACACACAAGUAUAGCAGACCUAGAUGUAAACAUGCUUCGACUGUAGCUACAGGAAUUAUUAUGCUCGCUCACGAGAGUAUCUUACACGGACUUCCUUUUUUCUUUUCUUUUUAUUAAAAUGAAUAUAGAAAUAUCACACUUAUUUUUCUAAAACUAGAGUCCUAAAAUUGAAUGUGACCACUCACAUCGAUUCAUUCACUCGUAGAUGUGGUGUAACCUUAAGUUUGUCGUUUUGUUCCUUCAUGAUUUGUUUAGAUAGAUUUCUCAAACGUCUGUCCCAUACUCAUUUGCAUGAAUUUAACUUGGCGUCUAUGCAAAACAUCUCGGGGUGGUUCGGCGAAGUAUCCUGUGUCAACAGCCCUGAACAAACCAUCGUUGACAAAGGGCUGAAACCGGAACCCAAGGCAAGAACAAUGAUGCUUUCGAUUUUAUGAACCAUGCUUUGUAAAAUAUAUACUGUAUACAUGAAUAUAUACGUUGUAUUAUAUCCAUACUUCCCAUUCCAAAGCCUAACACGUAACCACAAUUUCACAAACUUUAUGAAAUGACACAGUGUGGAUAUGACAUGCACUGUUGCACUUCACCAUGAGAAUUCGGAAACUGUUCAGAUGCUUGAAUUAUCCGACAUCUGUUUUUUGGAUUUACAUGUUUUCGUUUGUCAGCCUCGGCAUAAAUGCCCUUGUUUUAGUUCCAUUCAUCAAUGCCAUACAAAUGAAUAAAAACAAUACUGUAUUAACGUAA